GGAGAGAGAGAGAGGAUGUCUGUGCAGCAGAGGAGAAAGGGUUAUGUGUUUGGGUAGGGAGUCGUCAAGAGAGAAUAGAGAAGGGUGUGAGUGAGCAUGCUCUGUUUGGACUGACAUUGGAUGCCGGCUUAGCUUAGCCCUCUGUCUUUUGCACAAACACACCCAGCAGCAGUGACACCUACCACACUCCAGGGGACAGAGGGAACGUCGCCGGAAUAAAAGCAGAGGAGGGGAAAAGUCGGGGAGCGAGAGACUUUAUUUGGGACUUUCCUUCCCUCGCACGAGCUUUCUCCUCUCAGGAAAUCCAGAGAGUGGGGCUUUGUUUUCCUAUCAGUAAAGGAUUAUUCUUCUUGUGACUUGUGUUCACCGUACAGGAUUUGUUUUUCAUUGAAAUCAACUCUUUUCUGGAUGUGGGAAUCUAACUUCAAACCUGCAAUUUUGGUGACUGUUUUUCAAAGAGAGUAUAUACCUGUUAAAAAGCUGCAGUGGUGCAGUGCCAAACAGUUCCUGAAAAUUUGGCACCAGGAGGAACAGAGGUGGAACUCGCGAAAGGAUAAUUACCCAGGGUUGGACAGAAUCUACAGUGAGUUGGCUAAACUGCCUCAUGUUGCCUUCUGUUGCUAGUGGCUGAUUAGGCAAAGCGAGGGAGUGGCAGGCUGACCACACACAGACAGACUGCUUACAGACUGUUGACUACAUUUUCAAGGCUGUCAGUGCAACCCAAAGCAAAUCUGUGAGCAUUUCCGUUUCUUUGUGCUGCUGCAUAAUCGUCCAGUCACCUGGUCGCUCUUCCUUUUUUUUUAGUUUGGCAUUCAGUUUGGCAGGUUUGAUGGAUACCGGCUUCACUUAAAGGAUGUCAGUGACUGUUUUGCUUGUCGUUUCCAGCGAUUGAGGGACUUUGGGAUUUCUCAUGUGACAUUUUGUAGUUUUUUUUGGAUUCCAGAUACUGCGGAUUCCCAUUCCCUUGUGGGCAGCUAUUUUUCCAGCUAUUAAGGAUUUGUUUGCCCUUGCCUGGACACAGCCCUCAUUCUUUCAUUACAGCUCGCCCCGGACCCUCAUGAGCGCAUGCUUCCUAAAUGGGGGAGCAGGAGGAAGAAAUAUGAUCCUCUGUUUUGUGGUGUGUUUAGGGCAGCAGCAACCCUGUGUGGUUUCCAUGGAAAAGGCCAGAAAAAUAUGGCACAGAGGGGCUGCAUAAAUGCUCAACCUCUAUGUCUGUGGUCCAAGUGAAAUCGAAGCCGGCUAGCGUAGCACUGCAAGCUCCACCCUGGAACUACUUGUUCAGACUCUUCUCAUGUGUAGCCACAAGGAACGUGCACAGGACUAAAGAGGUCCCCACAUUUCAAGAGAAGACGACAGCCUUAUUUGGAAAUCUUAUGGACGAAGAAAUGAGUCGCCAGACUGCCACCGCGCUGCCCACAGGAACCUCCAAGUGCCCCCCCUCUCAGCGCGUGCCCACCCUGUCAGGCACCACAGCCUCCAACAGCGACCUGGCCAGCCUGUUCGAGUGUCCUGUCUGCUUCGACUAUGUCCUACCCCCCAUCCUGCAGUGCCAGUCCGGACACCUGGUAUGCUCCAACUGCCGGCCCAAGCUCACCUGCUGCCCCACCUGCCGAGGUCCCCUGGGCUCCAUCAGGAACCUGGCCAUGGAGAAGGUGGCUAACUCGGUCCUCUUCCCCUGCAAGUACGCCUCGUCGGGCUGUGAAGUCACCCUGCCUCACACUGACAAGACCGAGCACGAAGAGCUGUGUGAGUUUCGGCCGUACUCCUGCCCCUGCCCCGGCGCCUCCUGCAAGUGGCAGGGCUCCCUGGACGCUGUCAUGCCUCACCUGAUGCACCAGCACAAGUCCAUCACCACGCUGCAGGGGGAGGACAUCGUGUUCCUGGCCACAGACAUCAACCUGCCGGGCGCCGUCGACUGGGUAAUGAUGCAGUCCUGCUUCGGCUUCCACUUCAUGCUGGUGCUGGAGAAGCAGGAGAAGUACGACGGACACCAGCAGUUCUUCGCCAUCGUGCAGCUCAUCGGGACUCGCAAGCAGGCCGAGAACUUCGCCUACCGGCUGGAGCUGAACGGGCACCGGCGCCGGCUGACCUGGGAGGCGACGCCGCGCUCCAUCCACGAGGGCAUCGCCACGGCCAUCAUGAACAGCGACUGCCUGGUGUUCGACACGUCCAUCGCACAGCUGUUCGCCGAGAACGGCAACCUGGGCAUCAACGUCACCAUCUCCAUGUGCUAAGAACAUUACAGAGACGAGGGUCAAAAAGUUACAGAUUGUUCGGGGGCAUUUUUUUAGGGGGUCAAAUCAGUUGUGACCUCACGCCGCCUCCCCCCCCUUCUCUGCCUCACCCCUUGAGACGUGGAACUGGACUGUCUGAUCGGGCAGCCGUGGAGGCCCAGGGGGUGGGAUGGAUGGAUGAAUGGAUGGAUGAAUAAACACAAGGACAUAGCUGUGUAGUGAUGGCUGUAGACUUCUAAACACACACAAACACACGUGAGGCUCGUGCACGCACACGCAGCCUCGCCCUCUAUUGGUCAUAAACACACGGACACAAACUGAGAAGCUGUUCAAACUCGCCUGUCAAACUCGUUUCCUGGCCACGUGUCUGUCUCAGAGUGAUCCUUCCCAUCAGUCUCAUUUUUAGUGUGUCUCUCCUCUGUGCUCUCGGCCUCAGUCAGACAUUUCAGACACUACAGCUCGCCGGCCCGGAAGCUGCUCGCCGCCGACGGCUUCACCCUGACGGAGGCUCAAGCUAUAUUUCAACACGGACUCCUGGUCAGUGUGAGGAAGCUAGCCAGCUAUCUAGCUCUCCCUUUCUGUUCGCAACCCACCUCAGUUACCUCCCCGGAUUGAACGGUUUCCACUCACUCUCGCAGGGCUUCGACCGUGGCUGCUAUUGACCAGCUCAAACUGGAACCCAUUAAAACCUUUUAUCGUUAUCGCCACCUGUGACCCACAUGGCUAUCGACGGCUGAGACCGGAACCGUCAUCCAUAGACAUGGAUGGCUGUAGCACCCCGAACCAUCCACAUGUGUCUAGGAUGGAGAAAAAAAAA